CGCAAUGUUUACGUAAAUGUUUCUUUCCACCCGGUGUUGAAGCAAAUAACAAUUGCUCGUGCAAAUUGUGUAAUUUAAACAUGAAUUCCAACCUCUUUACCCGACUUAAUCAAGGAUUGGUUCCACUUAUAACAUCGAUCAGAAAUGCGUCCAAGAAAACGGGUGGUAGCUCGAGGAAUCCUCCCAAACAUCCGCGACCAAAACAUCGUGGCUGGAAGGUUCAAGAUGGUCAUCAUGUAUCGGCUGGAACUAUCUUAGCAACACAGCGCACAACCCGAUUUCAUCCCGGAUUAAAUGUCGGUUUCGGUAAGAAUGGAACACUGUUUGCUAUGGAACACGGAAAGGUGUAUGUUACCUGUGAAAAGAUUGACCCCAAUUGGGAUCACACAUGGAUACAGCGCUGUUACGCUGGUCGGGAAGGACAAACGAUUUACAAAAAGUUUUUCAAUGUGGUGCCCGAACCACAACAUCAAAGGUUUAAGCUGAUAGACGAAGUGUAAGUGUGAUUGCCCAAAAAAAUGUUCACACAGGCUCAGCAUAACUAGUAGAAUGGAUCAAUUAUAUUUCGGAUAAAUACAGUCGCGUGUGUCGUACACAUAAGAUGAA